CCGCUCAGCCUGGUGGCACGGGGGGGUUUCCCCUUCCCUGCGGGCAGGGUCUCCAGGGUCCGUGCCCCCCCGGCCGCAGCAGGACGAGUCCCGGGGGGGGGGCGUUACUGGACACGGGCUUGUCCGGGCUGGGCCUGGCUGGGUCGGGACGGCCCCGCGUCUGUGACUGAGCGGGGGGCGGGGCGGGGCCGUCAGUAGGGGCCAGAGUGAACAGGCCCCGCGAGCGCAGCCCCGGCCCGGCCAAGGGGAGAGUGGGGCGGGGCUUCCUCGGAGCACGUGCUGCGUCCCACCAAUGAGCGGGUGGCGUUCCCGUCGCUCAGCGACCGAAGCGGAAGCGGCUGCGUAGGCUGGCUCCUGCCGCCCGGUGUUUACCGUCUCCGUGGCAACGGCGCAGGCGCAAAACCGCCCGGGGUCGCCGCGAUGGAGCCGGGACAGCGCCGAGGGCCCGAGGCCCCGCGCGGAGAGCAACCAACGAGCUGGACCAAGUGCCCAGCCCAGAGCUGGGCAGCGAGGGCAUCUUCUAUCGGCACGGGCACCGCGGGCUGCUCACCCCGCAGCAGUGCGCCUGUCUGGCCGACAGCACCACCAUGAAGGACGCCUACCGCAGGCCCGUCCCCACGGGGCUCCCCCAGAGAGGGCAGCGCGAGGCCAUGCUGGAGCUAAUGCUGUACCACAAAUACAGGCAGGAGACGCUGAGGGAGCACUGUCCGCGCCCAGCGCCCAUGGAGUCGCUCUCCACCAUGCGCCAGGACUACCGCAGGGAGGGCUUCUGCUCCGCACCCCCACCCCCCACCCAGCCCCACGACUACCGCAUGGAGCAGCCCCGCAGCUUCUGGCUGGAGAACGCUGCCCGCAUACCUGGCGUCACCAAGCCCCGUGCUGGUGACACCCCGUUCAAGAGGAACGCGGCCUUCUCCACGCCCGUGGAGGACAGCCCGUGGGGAUGGCACCGUCCUGGCACCGUGUCCCCGUCAGAGCCGAGGCCCCUCCUGCCACCGACCCUGGGCAAGGCCCUGGCAAUCUCAGGCUUUCGCUAAAAGAAGUAAUAACCCGGGUGUAGACGUGACCGACGGUGACGUAUUGGAGGCCUUGUCAAGACGCUCAGGGAGGCCCUGACAGCGCGGCCUCCGGGCCCAGGGGCACCACCUUGGCGUUGCUGCCUCGGGUUUGCCUAGCUCGCUGUUUGCUGAAGCUCUGUUUGUGACCUAGCAAAUUCCUGCAUAUUUCA